UCUUUCGGAAUGAAGAGAUAAAAGGGAAAAGGAAGAAGAAGAGAGGGAGAAGAAAAAAUCAGCGGCUGAAAAAUCAAGAGGGUUACAACAACAACAACAACAACAAGAGUGAAUCUAAAUCUGAGAUUUUCGAAGAAGAAAUGAAGAAGUGCGAGCUGUGUGGGCAGCAAGCGAGGAUGUUCUGUGAGUCGGAUCAGGCGAACCUGUGUUGGGACUGCGAUGAGAAGGUUCACUGUGCAAAUUUUCUUGUUGCUAAACAUUCUCGGAGCCUUCUUUGUCAUGUAUGUCAGUCGCCGACUCCAUGGGCGGCCUCUGGUCGGAAACUUACGCCGACGGUUUCUGUGUGCGAGGGAUGUGUUGAAGUCCAUGGUGGUAAAUGCGAGCGAGGUGUAUAUCAAGAGCGCCGUAGAGAUAACGAGGAGGAAGUUGAUGAGGGUGAUGGUUUUGUCGAUGGUGAAGGUUUUGAUAGUUAUGAGGGAGGUGAUAGUGAGGAAGACGAUGAUGGGGAUGAUGAUGAGGAUGAGGACGAGGAAGACGAAGAGGAAGAAGAGGAUGAGGACGGGGAAAACCAGGUGGUGCCCUGGUCUUAUGCAUCUUCUUCGUCGCUACCACCGCCUCCGGCAGCCACUUCUAGUAGCGAGGGCGAGAUUUCAGCCGCCGCUGGUGUCGCAUCGAAGCGGAUGAGAGAAUACGGCGUCGAUCUCGAUUCCGAGGAUGAAAUCGAGUGUUCUUCUGCACCACAGGGUACGCGGCCAUUUUUCAAUGACGAAGCGACUUCCUCGAGUUCCCUUAGGCCACUGAAGCAAGCAAGAGUUACAGGACCGACCCAAUCAGCCACAUCCAAUCCAGAUGAUGAAGCUUGUAAAGCCAAGAUAAAAUCCACGGCUGUCGUUAGAUCUAUCCAGAGACUCCAGAACCGUCUUCCCACCAACAUUAACGAUGCUUCCAAAAUGAUCUUUGGAAUAUGCAAAAUGAGCAGAGAUCAAAAUCGUUGAUUCUUCACUAACCACACAAUGGAAGGUAGCUAGGGUUCAUAAAUUUUUUUCCCCCAUUUUGGGGUUUCAUUUUUCUCACUAAUUGUCUGUCGUGAUCAAUUAAUUCGAGGAUUAUACCUGUUUUCUCAACUGUGUACAACCUAGAAUUUCCCCAUCUAUUUUCCAUUAGAUAAUCUUGUCAUCAUUUGUGAAGCCUGUCAUGUGUAGCCAGAUAUUAAUUUACCCAACUACAUUCUAUUAACAGAUUUCUCUGUACACUUC